GGUCAAGAGACGCGAAGCAAGCCGACUCGUCGCCGUCACGAUGGCCAGCGCGCGCAUGCAGUGGGUCGCGACGCGCAUCGUCGAGAGCUUCGAGCCACUCGUGUCCACCAGCGAAGUCAACGAGUUCUUAUCGGCGCCGUCGACCAAGAAGCUCUGGGACGAUCUCGUCGGCGCCAAGGACGUUAGCAAGAUCUUCAUCCACUUCCAAGCCGACCCGGCCGACAAGGGCGAUGCGUCGCGCACGCGGCUUACGGCGUCGGCGGGCAACACGAUCCCGAUCCGGUCCAAGUGUUGUUACUUUCUGCGCGUCACAGCCGAUGGAAAAGCCGUCGACACGACCAAGGCCAGCGACGGGACGCUUCUCUUUGGCGAACUCGCGCCCAACGUCCUUCGCGACCUCGAAGCGACGCUCUCGCAGCUCUUCACGCCGCUCUUCAAAGCGCGCGAAGACUGGGGCAAGGCCGACCCGGACCUUCGCGUCGAGUUUAUGACCGAGUCGGAGAAGUUUGCCAACGACCUCAAGGAGGCUCUCCACAGCAUGGACAGCGGACUCGAGCUCCGCCGGCCCGAUCGCGAACACGAGAACGCGGGCACGCGCGGCGUAGCCGUGAGCGAGUCGCCGCAGGUCAUUGCGCACUAUGAAGACGUCUUGAAGGAGUGGUGCGACGUGAUUUCAACGUACCUCGAGACCAACACGACAGGCGACGGCAAGAACAAGGACGACGAGAUCGACGACGACGGGCCGAUGGGCGAGCUCGAGUAUUGGCGCCGGCGCAUGCAGCGCUUGACGUCGAUCACGGAGCAGCUCAAGUCGAACGAAUACAAGGACGUCUUCUUCGUCUUGUCGCGGACCUCCAAGAACGUGAGCGACGACACGAAGCAGCGCAUCCAGACGCUGCUCCGGCGCUGGAAGCAGACCGACAUUAGCAUCACAGAAGCAACCAACGAAGCAAAAGACAACGUCAAGUACUUGUUUACGCUCGAAAAGUUCAUUGUGCCGCUCUACUCGGGGACGCCCAACACGAUCAUCGACACGCUGCCCGCGCUCAUGAACUCGAUCAAGAUGAUCCACUCGAUCGCGCGCUACUACAACACGUCCGAGCGCAUGGCGUCGCUCUUGACCAAGAUUACGAAUCAAAUGAUCACCAACUGCAAGGGCUGCAUCACGGGCGGCGAGACGUUCGAGGUCAUGUGGAGCAAGGAGCCGGAAGAGCUCGUGCGGAACCUCGACUCGUGCCUCAAGCUCAACGAGGCGUACCAGCAGCAGUACCGUGCGACCAAGGACAAGCUGUUUGCGAUGCCGAAAGGCAAGCAGUUUGAGUUCAACGAGAUGCAGAUCUUUGGCAAGUUUGACCUUUUUUGCCGGCGCAUCAUCAAGCUCAUCGACAUGUUUACGACCAUCCACCAGUUCUCGUCGCUCGGGCAGCACAAGCUCGAGGGCAUGGACGAGCUCAUUGGCAAGUUCAACGGCGUCAUCCGCGAGUUUCGGCUGCGCAACCACGACCUGCUCGACUACCGCAACAACCGAUUCGACCGCGAUUACGUCGAGUUCAACGUGCGCAUCUCGGACCUCGAAGGGCUCCUGCAAAAGUUCAUCAACGACUCGUUCGAGAACAUUACGAGCAUCGAGCACUCGCUCAACUUGCUGCGCAAAUUUCAAACGAUUCUCCAGCGCGAAAACCUCAAGUCCGAUCUUGACUCCAAGUUCAACGUCAUUUUCCAAAAUUACGGGCUCGAGCUCGAGCACGUCUUGCAGCAGUACGAGCGCCAUAAGCACAACCCACCGUAUCCCCGCAACCUCCCGCCCGUCGCCGGCAACAUUACGUGGUCGCGCCACCUCCUCAAGCGCAUUGAGGAGCCAAUGAAGAAGUUCGAGUCCAACCAGAACGUCCUCGCGAGCAAGGACGCGAAGCGCAUCAUCCGCAUGUACAACAAGGUCGCGCGGACGCUCGUCGCGUUCGAGUACAUUUGGUACCAAGCGUGGGUGCAGUACAUCGACACGGCGAAAGCCGGGCUCCAAGCCACGCUCAUCAUUCGCCACCCCGAAGACAACAUUUUGUACGUCAACUUUGACCCAGAGAUCCUCCAGCUCCUCCGCGAAGCCAAGUGCCUCGAUCGCAUGGGCAUUGAGAUCCCCGAGUCGGCGAAAAUCGUGCUCCUCCAAGAAGAAAAGUUCAAAAACUACUUCAACGAACUCCAAUUCGCGCUCUCCGAGUACGACCGGAUCGUGACCAAGGUCAUUCCCGUCACCGCGAUGCUGCUGCGGCCGCACUUCAACGACAUGGAGUUCAAGCUCCGGCCGGGCAUGAUCACGCUCACGUGGACGAGCAUGAACAUUGAAGCGUACCGCAACCACGUGCACACGGGGCUCCAGCGGCUCGAGGAGCUCGUGACCAACAUCAACGACAUCAUCGAGAACCGCGUCGAGAAGAAUCUGCGCAUCGUGUCCAAGACGAUGCUCGUGGACCUCCCGACGGACCAGUCGUUCUCGCUCGACGAGUUUGUGUCGAUGCAAGGCUCCAACAUUCGCCGCGCUGGCGCGCUUCUCCAAGGCAAGAACAUUGAGAUUGAGAACGCGGUCGAGGACUUGCUCAAGAUCAUUACGCAGUACCCGCUCGACUCGCACAUCGAGAGCGUCUCGACCGAAGAAGCGAUGAAGCUCAAGAAGCACUACAACCACUUUAUGUACCAAGCGCUGCUCCAUUGCACAAAGAACUCGCUCAACAGCGUCAAGAAGCGCGUGGCGUCCCGCGCCGGCGCCACGCCGCUCGCGACAGACCGGCCGUUCUUUGAAGUCGACGUGCAGCUGAGUAUCCCGCGCGUCCAGCUCUCGCCGAGCCUCGACGACAUCCAGUUGGCGAUCAACCGCGCGGCCCAGACCGUCCUCGCAGCCGCCAAAGAGCUCUACGACUGGGGCCAAGCCGAUGUGCCAAAGGAAGAGAAGACGACGUUUUUCGAGCGCAUCACCAAAGACAUUGAGAUCGUCCGCGUCGUCUUGCUCUUGACGGGCAGCGUCCAGGGCUUGCGCAACAGCGUCACCGAGUACCUCGCGUCCUUCAAGCAGUACGAGUGGCUCUGGAUGGAGAACAAGGACGUGUCGUACGACGACUUUCUCAAAAAGAGCCCCGAGCUCCAGGACUUUGAGCGCAAACUCAAAUCGUUUGUCAUUAUUGACGAAGACAUUACGGCGAUCCCGGCGGUGCACAACAUUGGCGCGCUCUCGCUAAAUACGCGCAACAUCAAGCUCCAGCUCAAGCACGAGAACGCGCAGUGGAAGCUCAAGUACAGCGACAAUUUACACAAUCAAGCGCGCAAAAAGAUGGAGUCGCUCACCGAGUACUUCCGCAGCAUGAUGGGCAAGCUCAACCGCAAGGUCGUGGACCUCGACUCGCUCCGGUUCGUCAUGAACCUCCUCAAAGAAGUCCGCGCGCGCGAGAGCGGCAUCAACAUGGAGAUCAACCCGGUCUUGGACAUGUACGAGAUGCUCGAGUACUACCUUCCGGACGGCUUUAUGGAGAAGGAAGAGAUGGACCAGAAGUCCGUGCUGCGGAGCAACUGGCGCAAGCUCAUCCACCACGCCGAGACGCGCACGGACGAGCUCUCCAAGACGCAGGCGGGCUUCAAGCGCGGGCUUCUCCGCGAUAUCAAGGAGUUCCUUGUCGACGUCAAGCACUUUCGAGAAGACUUUUUGGCCAACGGACCCAUGGUCAUUGGCAUCUCGGCGUCCGAAGCCGUCGAGCGCUUGAACCGGUACAAAGAAGAGUACAAGAUUCGCGAGCGCAAGCAAGAUCUCUACACGUCGGGCGAAGAGCUCUUUGGCUUACCGAAAACGAGCUACCCGGAGCUCGAGAUGACCAAGAAGGAGCUCCAGCUCCAAGACAAGCUCUUUGGCUUGUACGUCGACGUCCUUAGCACGCUCGAAGAGUGGAAGACCAUUCCGUGGGUCCAAGUCGCACAAAACAUGCAGUCGAUGACCGAGAAGGUCGACGGCUUCUCGAACCGCUGCAAGAAGAUGCCGGCCAAGCUCCGCGAGUGGGAGGCGUACGCGGUCUUGAAGAAGAUGAUUGAUGACUUUACCGACAUCCUCCCGCUGCUCCAAGAGCUCAGCAAACCGUCCAUCAAGCCGCGCCAUUGGGACGCCGUCAUGGAGAAGACGAGCACAUCCUUUGAUGUGAACGCGGCCGACUUCAAGCUCCAAGCGCUCAUGGACGCCAACAUUGUGCUCUACAAGACCGAGAUCGAAGAGAUCACGGACGGCGCCGACAAGCAGCUCAAGAUCGAGAUCGCGCUCGCCGAAAUCAACGAGCACUGGGACGCCGAAGAGUUUCAAUUCAACGACUGGAAGAACCGCAACGUACCGGUGCUCAAAGGCGUCGUGCCGGUCGUCGAGGCCCUUGAGGAAGCGCAAAUGAACCUCCAGACGAUGCUCAGCAUGCGCCACGUGCUGCCGUUCAAGGAGGUGGCGCAGCAAAAGCUCGAGCAGCUCAGCGACACGAGCGAGACGCUCGAACGCUGGAUCAAAGUGCAAAUGCUAUGGUGCUCGCUCGAGUCGGUCUUCACGGGCGGCGACAUUGCCAAGCAAAUGCCGGUCGAAGCCAAGAAGUUUCAAAAGAUCGACAAGGACUGGGCCAAGAUCAUGACGAAGUCGGUCGAGAUCAAGAACGCGGUCCAGUGCUGUGCGAGCGAGCUCCUCAAGUCGUGCCUCCCCAACAUGUACAGCGAGCUCGAAAAGUGCCAAAAGUCGCUCGAAGGCUACCUCGAGCAGAAGCGCAACAAGUUUCCGCGCUUCUACUUUGUAUCGAAUCCCGGUCUUCUCAUGAUCCUCUCGCAAGGCUCCGACCCGCUGAGCAUGAACGAGCACUAUGAAAAGGUGUUUGACUCGAUCGAGCGCGUCAUCCACGACAAGAAGGACAAGACGCUCAUUCAUACGAUGGUCUCGGGCGUCGACGAAGUGCGCUUUUCGUCGAUUGUGAAAGCGCAAGGCAACAUUGAAGACUGGCUUGCGUCGCUUCUGCGGUCCAUGCAGCUCACGAUGAAGGACAUUUGCCGCCAUUGCGCCAGUGACGUUGGUGCAAUGAGCGCCGACAUCAAGCGCAUGCGGGACUUUGUCGAUCGCUACGUGGCCCAGUUUGCGCUCCUCGGUAUCCAAAUGAUGUGGACGAACGACGUGCAAACUGCGCUCGAGCAGUGCCGCAGCAAGAAGAACGCGAUGAAGGACAUGAGCCAGAAGCAGCUCCAAGUGCUCAUUGAGCUCUCAUCGUGGUGCCUCCAGGAUCUCGGCUCCAAGCAAAACCGCGUCAAGAUCGAGACGCUCGUGACGAUCCACGUCCACCAGCGCGACGUCAUGAGCGACUUGGCGCUGCUCUACAAGCAAAAGAAGAUUUCCGACCCGAACGAUUUCGAGUGGCUGAAACAAGCUCGCUUCUAUUGGCGGCCCAACAACGCCGACGAGUUUACUGCCGAUGGCGCGUGCGUCGUCUCAAUCACGGACGUCGACUUCAACUACCAAUUCGAGUACCUCGGCUCGAAAGAGCGACUGGUCGUGACGCCGCUCACGGAUCGAUGCUACAUUACGCUCGCCCAAGCACUCGGCAUGUACUUUGGCGGCGCCCCCGCGGGCCCCGCCGGCACGGGCAAGACCGAGACGGUCAAAGAUCUUGGGCGGACGCUGGGGAUCUAUGUCGUUGUGACCAACUGCACCGAUCAGCAAAAGUACACGGACUGCGCCAAGAUCUUCAAGGGACUGUGCCAGGGCGGUCUCUGGGGUUGCUUUGACGAGUUCAACCGCAUUCAGCUGCCCGUCUUGUCGGUCGUGGCGCAGCAAGUGCUCGCGAUCCAGAACGGCAAGAAGACGGGCGUCAAGUUCUUCCAGUUUCCUGGCGACCCGCAAAACAUCUUGCUUUUGCCCGUGUGCGGCUUCUUCAUCACGAUGAACCCCGGGUACGCCGGUCGGCAAGAACUGCCAGAGAACCUCAAGGCGCUCUUCCGCGGCGUCGCCAUGAUGGUCCCGGACUUUGAGAUCAUCAUGAAGGUCAAGCUCUGUUCGGUGGGCUAUCUCGAGUACCAAGAGCUCGCCAAGAAAUUCUUCAUCUUGUACUCGACGUGCAAGGAGCAGCUCUCGGCGCAAAAGCACUACGACUGGGGUCUCCGCAACAUUCUCGCCGUGCUCCGAAGCGCCGGCAAGAUCAAGCGCGACAACCGCAACGACCUCGAGGCCAAGCUCCUCUUCCAGACACUGCGCGAUAUGAACCUCUCCAAGCUCGUCGCGCAAGACGUCCCGCUCUUCCUCUCGCUCCUGCAAGACUUGUUCCCGACCGUGCCGCCGCCACCAAAAGGCGUCUACCCCGAGCUCGAAGCCGCGGUGCUGACGGAAAUCGACAAAAUUGGGCUUGUCAACCACCCGGGCUGGCUCAACAAGGUGAUCCAGCUCUACGAGACGCAGCUCGUGCGGCAUGGCAUCAUGCUCGUCGGUCCCACGGGCGGUGGCAAGUCGCGCAUCUUUGAGGUACUCCAGCAAGCGCUCACGUUCACAACCACGAUCAACCACAAGCAGUCGCGGCUCAACCCAAAAGCGAUCCGCGCCGCCGAGAUGUACGGCGAGGUCGACCCGAUGUCGGGCGAGUGGACCACCGGCGUCUUUGCGGCCAUGUGGAGCAAGUACAACCAGAAGAGCAACAAGUUUAUCAUGUGGAUGAUCUGCGACGGGCCGGUUGAUGCGAUUUGGAUCGAAGAUCUCAACACAGUCCUUGACGACAACAAGAUUCUGACGCUCGCCAACGGCGACCGCAUGCCCAUGACGGACAACGUCAAGCUCAUGUUUGAGGUCGAGACACUUGUGAACGCAUCGCCGGCCACGGUGAGCCGCGCCGGCAUUGUCUUUGUCUCGGACACGGACCUCGACUGGGCGCCGGUCGUCGAAGCGUGGAUUCGGAAGCGGCCGGCGUCGCACCAAGAGAUUUUGCGCAACCUCUUUAGCAAGUACAUGGGCGAGAACUCGCCGCUGCUCCCUGGUAUCGCGUUCGACUAUCUCGCGCGCAACACGUCUGGUGUCAUGCCCGUCUCGCGCGUCGGCCAAGCGAGUCGCUUGUACAACCUCAUGACGGGUCUCCUCCUCGGCGACCACGGCAACUCGCUCUCAGAAGACCCGGGGACACUGCAGAAGCAGCUCGAGAAGCUCUUUUUGUACUGCAUUGCGUGGAGCGUCGGGCAGCUGCUCGAGCCAGAAGACCGCGUCAAGUUUGACGAGUGGCUGCGCAACCUCGACGACCAGAAUUUGCUGCCCAAGGUCGUCGAUGGCAACCUCGUGUACGAGCACUUUGUCGAUCCCGCGACGUUCGAGUGGAAAGUUUGGCGACCACCGAAAUGGAACUACCCAAAAGGCGACAAACUCGAUUUCUCCAACUUGCUCGUACCGACGAUGGACUCGGUCCGAACUCUGUACUUGAUUGAGAACCUCCACAAGCAAAAGAAGCCGGUCCUCAUGGUCGGCGGCCUCGGUACCGCCAAGACGUCGUGCGCGCUCAUGUACUUCAACGAGCUCAACCCUGACACGAUGCUCGUGAAGCGCGUCAACUUUUCUAGUGCGACGACGCCCUUUAUGUUUCAGACCGCAGUCGAAUCGGAGCUCGACAAACGCGGUGGCAAGAGCUUUGGCCCGCCCAACGGCAAGAAGAUGACGAUCUUCCUCGACGAUCUGAGCAUGCCACUCGUGAACGCGUGGGGUGACCAGCCGACGCUCGAGAUCGUCCGCCUCAUCAUCGAGUGCAGCGGGUUCUGCUUCCUCUCAAAAGACCGGCGCGGCGACUUCAAGGUGUGUGAAGAUCUGCAGUACGUCGGCGCGAUGGGCCACCCGGGGGGCGGUCGCAACGACAUUCCCAACCGUCUCAAGCGGCAGUUCUUUCUCUUCAACCUCGUGCUGCCGUCGUUGACGUCCAUCGAUGACAUUUACGGCCAAAUGCUCGCCGGGCGCUUCACGCCCGACUCGUACUCGAAAGAUGCGAUCGAAAUGGCUGGCAAGCUCACGCGCGCCACGAUCGAUCUCUGGAACUACAUGAAAGCCAAGCUCCUCCCGACGCCGGCCAAGUUUCAUUACAUCUUCAACAUGCGCGAACUCAGCCGCGUCUUCCAAGGCGUGCUGUUGACGCCGGCCGAGACUUUUGCGUCGGGCGGCGGCUUCCGCGUCGAAGAAGGCAAGAUGGACAAGCUCGAUCAAGGGCAGCUCAUCGUGAUGGUGUGGCGGCAUGAGUGCGAGCGCGUCUUCUCCGACAAGCUGACCAACUACAAGGACAAGGAUGUGUACCAAGCGUACAUGCGUGAGCUCCUCAAAGGCCAUUUCGGUGACGAGAUGGAAGCCAAGGUGCGCCAACCCUUCUACAUGGUCAACUUUUUGCGGGAUCCCGCCGAGAACGAAGAAGGUGUUGUUGACGACUUUGUCCCCAAAGUGUACGAACCGGGUGGGACGCUCGAAGAGGUUCGGGCCCGCGUCAACCAGUUUUUGGCCAAGUACAACACCGAGUACCCGCAGCGCGUCAUGCGCCUCGUGCUCUUUGAUGACGCGCUCGGGCAUCUACUGCGUCUGUCUCGGCUUCUCGAAAUGCCACGCGGCUCUGCGCUCCUCGUCGGUGUCGGCGGGUCCGGGAAGCAGUCGUUGACGCGGCUUGCAGCCUACAUGGCGCAGUCGACCGCGUUCCAGGUGACACUCACCAAGACGUACAACACCAACUCGUUCAUGGACGACCUCCGUGUGUUGUACAAGAGCGCGGGGCACCUGAAGAAGUCGACGACGUUUCUCUUUACCGACUCGGAGAUCAAGAACGAAAUCUUCCUCGAGCUUCUCAACUCGGUGCUCAUGACGGGCGAAGUGGCCGGUUUGUUUGCAAAGGAUGAGAUGAUGGCCAUGACCGCCGACCUCCGGAACGCGUUCGUCAAAGAUCGACCAGGUCUCCCCGAUACGCAGGCGAACCUCAAACAGUACUUUAUCGACGGCGUCCGCGACAACCUCCACGUCGUGCUGUGCAUGUCGCCGCUCAACGCCAAGUUUGCCGAUCGCGCGCGCAAGUUCCCCGGCUUGAUCUCGGGCCCGACCAUCGAUUGGUUCCUCACGUGGCCCGAAGACGCACUCAUUGCUGUCUCGAAAGGCUUUGUCCUCGACUACCCAAUGGAGUGCGACGACGUGACGCGCCUCGCCUUGAUGACGCACAUGGGCAUGGUCCACCGCAUCGUCACCGACCUCUGUGACGAGUACUUUCAAAAGAUGCGCCGGCGCGUGUACCAAACACCCAAGUCCUACUUGAGCUUCAUCGAGUCGUACAAGAAGAUGUACAGUAUCAAGAUUGAAGAGAUCAAAGUGAAAGAGCAGCGCGUGAACCUGGGGCUCAAGAAGCUCAUUCAAGGCGCCGAAGACGUCAAAGCCAUGUCGAUCGUACUCGCCGACGAGCAAAUCAAGCUCCAAAAAGCGACAGAAGAGACGAACGCGAUGCUCCAGUCGCUCCAAGUGUCGUCGGCCGAGGCGUACAAGGAAGGCGAGCAGGUCGCAGCCAUCAAAGCCAAGUGCGAAGAAGACGCCGUGCGCAUUGGCGCUGAAAAAGCGGCUUGCGAGACCGACUUGGCCAAAGCCAAGCCGUUUGUCGAGGAAGCCGAGACGGCCAUCGACUCGAUCAAGCCCGCGCACAUUGGUGAAAUCAAGAAGCUCGCCAAGCCCGCCGAUAUCAUCCGUCUCGUGUUCGACGGCGUCCUCAUUCUCUUUCAAAGUCAACUCAACACUGUCAAACAAGCCAAACUCAACGUCGCCAAGCAAGACAUUGACUUUAUCGAGACGUCGUUCUCGCCCUUUGCGCAGCAAGUGAUGGGCGACAGCAACUUUCUCAAAAACGUCCAAACGUUUGGCGCUGUCGGGAAGGACAUGAUCAACGAAGAGACCAUCGAGCUCCUCUGUCCGUACAUGGAGCUCGAGGGGUUCUUACCGGCGGUCGCCAAGAACGCGUCGCUUGCAGCUGAAGGGCUCUGUACGUGGGUGCGCGCGAUGAAGUUUUACCACGAAGCGUCCAAGGUCGUGAAGCCCAAGCUCGAAGCGCUCAUGAUUGCGGAAGGCCAAAUGGAGGCCGCCAACAAGGCGCUCGCCGCUGCCGAGCUCCGCUUGCUCAAGUGCAAGGAGCGGCUCACGGAGCUCCAGCAGAUGUUCGAGUCGCAAAUGGCCGAGAAGAAGCGCAUCGAGGACGGCGCCAACGCCCUCGCGCGCAAGAUGCAGCAAGCGUCCGACUUGAUCAACGGUCUUGCGGGCGAGCGUGUGCGCUGGACCGACGACUCGAACAACUUUGCCGAUCUCAAGCGGCGCAUGGUCGGCGACUGCGCGGUGGCCUGUGCCUUCGUCUCCUACUGCGGUCCGUUCAACCAAGACUUCCGGCACUACAUGGUCAUGAACAAGUUCAUUCCGGACUGCGAGAUCCGCAGCGUGCCCGUGACGUCGGACCUCGACAUCAUCACGUUCCUUGUCGACAUUGGCACGAUCGGCGACUGGAACAUUCAGGGACUCCCGACCGACUCGCUCUCGAUCCAGAACGGUAUCAUGGUCACGCGCUCGUCGCGCUAUCCGCUGCUCGUGGAUCCGCAAGGCCAAGCGCUGUCGUGGAUCAAGAACCGCGAGGCGCUGCGCAUGCCCAGCUACGGCUCGACGGCGCUCAACCAUCCAAAGCUAAAGGACCAGCUCGAGUAUUGCAUGGGCGAAGGCCGUGCGCUCGUCAUUACGGGCGUCGAAGAAGACAUUGACCCAAUGCUGGACCCAGUCUUGGAGCGCCAGAUCAUCGUCAAGGGCCGAAGCCUCUCGAUCAACGUCUCGGACAAGAACAUGGAGUUCAACCCGGCGUUCUCCAUGUACUUUAUCACUCGCUUGCCCAACCCGCAUUUUGGACCAGAGCUCCAAGCCAAGACAACCGUGAUCGACUUUACUGUCACGAUCAAGGGUCUCGAAGAGCAGCUUUUGGGGCGUGUCAUUGGGAAGGAGCAAAAGGCCCUCGAGGAGCAGCUCGCCCAAGUGCUCGAAGACGUCAACCUCAACACCAAGUCGCUCCUCGCCCUCGAUGCGUCGCUCUUGGAGCGUCUCACGUCCAACACGGGCAACCUGCUCGAGGACGAAGAGCUCAUCGGAGUCCUAGCCAACACCAAGGAAAAAGCCGCUGAAGUCAAAGACAAGCUCAUUGCGGCCGCCGAUACGCGCAAAAGCAUCAACGAGAAGCGCGAGCAGUUCCGGCCCGUGGCGACGCGCGGCUCGGUCUUGUACUUUUCCGUCGUGGAAAUGUCGCUCGUCAACUGCAUGUACCAGACGUCGCUCAACCAGUUCUUGGCGCUCUUCAUGAAGUCGAUGGACGUGGCCGACAAGGCCGCGCUCGCCUCCAAGCGCGUUGCCAACAUCAUCGAGACCAUGACGUACAUCAGCUACCGCUACAUCAACCGCGGCUUGUACGAAUGCGACAAGCUCACGUUCAUUCUGCUCUUGACGAUGAAGAUUCUCGUGACCGACGGGCUCUUGACGCGCGAGGAGGUGACGCUGCUCAUUCGCGGUGGCGCGGCCCUCGACAUCAACACGGUCCGUCGCAAGCCCUUCUCGUGGAUCUCGAACGAAGCGUGGCUCAACAUCAUUGAGCUCUCGCAGUCGUGCAAGUUUUACACGUCGCUGCCCCACGAUAUGACCUCGAACGAGGCCAUGUGGCGUCGGUGGUACGAGGACAACGAGCCAGAGAACACAAUGAUCCCGGAUUACGAAAAUCGCAUUGCUGAAAACGAGUCGGUGGGGCCGUACUUGAAGCUGCUCCUCGUGCGCGCGCUGCGGAUGGACCGGACGAUCCUUUGCACCAAGGAGUUCAUUCGCAACACGGCGCAGAUGGGGCCGCGCUAUGUCGAGCCGGUCACCGACACGAUCGAGAGCAUCUUUGCCGAGAUGAAGGCCGACACGCCAGUCAUCUUUCUCCUCUCGAUCGGCGCCGACCCCACCGAGAGCAUCGAGCAGCUCGCACGCAAGCGCAAGUUCCCGUCGCCCGCGGUCGUGUCCAUGGGCGAAGGCCAGGAGCCCGUCGCUUUGAAAGCGAUCAACGCCGGCGUCGUCAACGGCACGUGGGUGCUGCUUCAAAACUGCGAACUCGGCCUCGAGCUCAUGGAGCAAAUGGAAGACGUCAUCUUCAAGCUCUCCGAGACGAUGGACGCCAACUUUCGGCUCUUCUUGACCGCGCUUCCGAGCGAGCAGUUCCCGCUCGGACUACUGCAAAUGUCGACCAAGGUGACCAACGAGCCGCCGCAGGGCUUGCACGCGGGCAUUCUCCGGUCGUUUACCGUCAUGGUCGACCAAGAAAAGCUCGAGCGCGUCGAGACGGUCCAGUGGCGCCAACUGCUCUUUGACUUGUGUUUUUUGCAUUCGGUCGUGAUUGAGCGCAAGAAGUUUGGGCCGCUUGGGUGGUGCAUCCCAUACGAAUACAACAACGGCGACCUCUCGGCGUGCACGAUCUUCUUGGAGAAGCAUUUGUACAACGGGCCGAUCUCGUGGCCGACGCUGCAGUACAUGGUCUCCGAGGUGCAGUAUGGCGGCAAGAUCACCGACAACUUGGACCGGCGCAUGUUCAACUACUACUGCGAGUGGUGCAUCCAGCCCGAAGCGUGCUCGCCCAGCUUUAGUUACAACCCGGGCGAGCCGAUCUUGCGGAUUCCGAACGACUUCAACUACCGGAUCCCGGUCGCCGAGAACAUUGACGACUACCGCAACUUUUGCCACAGCCUCCCGGACGUCGACUCGCCCGAGAUCUUUGGGCUCCACCCGAACGCCGACUUGACGUACCGCGUGAAGGAAGUCAACCUGCUCUUGGGUACGCUUGGCGAGACGCAGCCGAAAGGCGGUGGCGGGUCCUCUGGCGUCUCGCGCGAAGACGUGGUUUGUGAAAAAGCCAAGGAGCUCGCCGACCGUCUCCCCGAAGACUACAUUGAAGACGAUUAUAAGGCCAAGAUCCAGCGCCUCGGCGGCCUCACGAUCCCGCUCAACAUCUUCUUGUACCAAGAGAUUCAGCGUCUCCAGCGCGUCAUCUCCAAGGUGCGCACGAUGCUCUCGCAGCUGCAAAUGGCGAUUCGCGGUGAAGUCGUCAUGACCGAGGAGCUCAGCUGGACGCUCAACGCGAUCUUUGACGCCAAGGUGCCGCCGUCCUGGCUGCGCACGUCGGUCGGUGACGAGUUCUCUUGGAUUCUGCCAACCCUUGGGCUUUGGUUUUCAUCGCUCCUCUCGCGCGACGAGCAGAGCCGGAAUUGGCUCAACACGCGCCGCCCCAACUGCUUUUGGCUCACGGGCUUCUUCAACCCGCAAGGCAUGCUCACGGCGAUGAAGCAAGAGGUGACGCGCAAGCACUCCAAGACCGAUAAGUGGGCGCUGGAUGACGUCGUCUACCACACCGAAGUCACGACCUUUGAGCGCGCCGAGCAGGUGCGGCAGCCGCCCGCGGAGGGUAUCCUUAUCUACGGUCUCUUCCUCGACGGCGCGACGUGGAGCAAGCAGGACGGCACGCUCGUCGAGUCGGAGCCCAAGAAGCUCUUUACGUCGCUGCCGGUGCUGCACGUCAAUAGCAUGUCGAAAGAGCUCGAAAACAAGUCGCGCAAGGAGCUCUACGGCUCGAUUGGACCGUUCGAGUGCCCAUGCUACAAGUACCCGAUGCGAACAGACCGGUACAUCAUCUUUAUGGUCACGAUGAAGUGCCCUUCGAACCGGCCGCCACGUCAUUGGGGCCUCCGCGGUGUCGCGCUCCUCUGCAACACCGAGUAGUUGUAACCUCAUUUGUAUAUAUAAACUGCAUGCGCUGGAGCUCA